GAACACCCUUUAAUGCAGUAACAUGCCCAAGGUAGACUACCUAACUUUACCUAGGCUAGGUUACCUAUUUCUGCUGCAACCAGCCGCUUUUCCAACUUCUGUAAGACAGACAUUUCCAUCCCCUUCUACUUACAAGGACAUCGGCAACCCACUCCCCCAGCCUAUCAUCUCGAUUUCAACUUCAACGGAAGGGAAAUCCAGGACGUUUGAUCAAGCGCCGCGCCCUGCCCUAGCGCCCUCCCUGUAGAAAAACACUGGAAUAUCUCCUACGUUAGCCGCCUUUUCGACCAUGGCUCGCGGUAAUCAGCGUAUCAAGGCGCGUGCGAAGAACCUUGAAAAGCAGGCCGCUCAGAAGUCAAAAAACACCAAAACUGGCUCAGAGAUGCAGCGCGAUAAAGAGGCUCUCGCUGCCUUGAUGCGACAGAAGCAGGAAGCAGCCAAUGCGAAAAAGGCCGAUGCCGAUGCCGCCGGCGGGAAGAAAUAGAGAAUUCGCGGCAUCCCGAAGCUAAAUAGCCCGAACUGCCGGUAUCGAGAUUGUUGGGGUUCCCUACUUCAAAGACUGGCCUGAGAACUUUCUCGAUAACCAUGUCGGAUCUGAAAGCCAUUUAAGAUACUUUGUGUCCCGGUCUACUUUUUUCGCCAGGAAUAGUAUGCUCUGAUGGUCUCGAUUGGCAGACUGGGUUGAUGUAGCACGAAGUCGAUGACGAGUUCAUGAUGUAGGAUGAUUUCUUUCUGGCAAAGAGUGAGGGCACAGGCGUGAUAGGAGUUCGUUCCCUUUUUUGCAAUAUAGUAUACUGCCCUACACAGUCUCUCGUGCACAUACUUCCUCCGUAUAUACUAGGUAUGGUGAAUAUUCUCCAACUUAUCCUAUCUGUACAAUUAUCUACAAAUUCAAUAAUUCAUAAUAGAGGUCGAACAACAUAGACUCAAAUAAACAAACUACCUAGAGAUCUACUCUCAAAUGAACAAAUUACCUGGAUAUCUACUCAAGCUGUCUACUAGGUGUUAAAAACAACAGUUAACUCAGUGCUUCAAUGCGCGUAGCAAAGGCGUGUCCCCUGAAGCCACAACAACCGCCG